CCACCAAGCAGCGCCUCGUUAGGAAACUCCUCUUGGACUCUACUGCAUACCAUGGCAGCGUGGUAUCCAGACAAACCCACUACAGAAGAUCGCUCUUACAUAACGGGCUUCAUGAAUGCGUUAGCUCGUUUUUAUCCUUGUCCGUGGUGUGCCAAGGACUUUCGUCACAACAUCGAAGAAAAGCCUGUACAGACGUCAUCACGAGAAGCGUUGUGUACGUGGCUUUGCGAGCAGCAUAAUAUCGUCAACCAAAAGCUUGGCAAACCUCAGUAUGCAUGCGACAUCCAGACUUUGGACGAGCGCUGGCGUAAAAGCAGUAAAGAUGCGUGCCAAUCGGGUAGCCAUUAA